AUGGAGAGCCCGUCUCCCAAAGUCGUACCUGCUAGGAAGUUCAAGCCAAUAGCGAUUGGAAAAUGCCACGUCCAGACCGCAGCGGACCGUUUCGGUCCCGGUGCCGAGAGCGCCAUACGAGAUCGAGAGCGGCUGGCUCUGGGUGUGCCACACGAGGGUAAUGAGCCGCCGUUUCUCUGGCCGAGCGGGAGUGGCGAUGGCGAGGACGAAGAUGAGCAGGUCGAUGCUGCCGACAGAUCCAUUUAUAGAUCGGUCCCGUCCAUACAGUCGAACCGGAAUAAUUUGACUGCCCUCUCGCAACUAUACAAUCUUUACUUCGUAGCGUAUCAAGGCUGUAUCUUCGUGUACAGAUUAAGGAGCGGUGCCAAGAACGCUCUCCCCCGGCAUCCCGAUCUGCAGCUCAAGCCUCCCGCGAGCGACCAGGCUCGGGCGGUUGGAGGGCUCCUCGACGCACAUAGUGCGCACGCCAUCAACCACAUCAUUACGGGGUAUCUUGGCCACGAGGAGAUUGUCCUCGCAGCGCAUGAUGAUGGGGAUGUGACCGCUUACAAGACGAAGGAGGUCGCAGACUACGUUCUAGGCACGAAGCAAGCCGCUGAAGCUACAACUCCCGUGAAAGACACCCAGUCCGCGCCGAAUCAUGGCAAGAGACCCCGCCCAAGACAAUUCUUUCACGAGAAUGUCGGAAAAUCCGCCUGGGGACUGGCCAUCCAUCAGCAGUCUCGACUGAUUGCAAUCAGCUCCAACCGCUGGGAGGUAACUGUGUUCGCAUUCGCCCUGCAUGACAACACCUCUGGACAGCCCCGGACACCUGCGCCGAUUGAGCCACGUGAGGAUGUUGAAUCUUGGGUCCGUCAGCGACAGCGUACGUGGAGGAUUGUUAUACUACUGGGCCAGGAGGCAGAUAACUUGCCAAAUGUCUGUUUUCUCGACAACAGGGAAGGGAAUGCCGAGAAGGUCUGCGCAAUCGAUAUCAAGGGUUCGAUAUGGAUUGCGGACAUCUGGAAACCGAAACAGGCUGCAUCGCACAUCCCCCCAUUUGAUGGGCAGGACAUCAUCAGCGACGAGUUUUAUCCUUCAGUCUCGAGAGGUUGGGGAGUUCUUGCAUUCACUGAUAGCUGCUACAUGGAAGUGAAGACUGUGGAGGAACUCAUUGGGUUCCCCGAACAUGACUGUACCAUCAAGUCAUCCCGGCAAUCGUUGACUCAGCCUCUGGCCAAGAUACAGCCAGUUCUUGAAAACAUCCCUGAGAAUCCUUGCCGGCCAUCUGAUACAGACAGGUCUGUAUUGAGGCGGGCGUUGCUCGAGCAUUUUCAUAAUCCUCUCGAGCAGAUGAUGGCGGUACCACAGGAGAAUUUCAUUCUAUUUGGUGAUGGGUUUGGUAGUGAAGGUGAGGAUGAUGAUGUGUAUGACGAGGAUGAAGACGAGGACGAGGAUGGGGAUGAUGAUGAAGACGAGGAUGAAGAUGAAGAUGAAGAUGAAGACGAGGAGGAUGAGGAUGAUCAGGAUGAUGAAGAUGAAGAUGAGGAUGAGGAUGAGGAUGACGACGAUGGCGAUGACGACUUUGAUUACGGCAAUUCCGGAAUCCUGGGUAGUGAGGCAGUAGCAGCAGACCCUGGGGGCUCUAUGCCUACGCCCAUGGCAGAUGUCGUGAGCGUUAUACCUUUACAGCAUGUGUUCCAGGACUUCGAGCAACUGCCAGAAGUACAGCCGCCUCCUCACGCCUUGUGGCUUGCAGCGCAUCCGCCGAGCGGAUCAGCACAGAUUCAACAGCUUGCGUGGCCUUUCGAGGCCACGUUUCAGGAUCUGAGCGACGCGUUGGGAGAAUUAGAAGACGCAUUUGGUGAGCUCGAGGAUGCCCUGCCCCAUAUCGGCUCCUCUCUCCCACAGUUGCACGUGGCUUUGGCCAAUUCCUCCAAUUCUAUAUUGCAAUGUCCCAGGCACGGGUGCCGGGUGCCUGAAACCAGGAUUACAGAGCCAAGCCCACUGAUCCUGGAGCGACUGUUGCAAAUGAUAUACUACCCGCAUACCGCGGAGGUGACGCCAGCACCUAUGGACAAAUCCUCGCGGAUCAUGUUCGCCAAAUCAUCCAGCAUGGACUAUAACAUGAACCGCACCCGACUGUAUGGUGCUUUUGAACGCUUAGCACCAGGAUAUCGCAUCCUGCGAGCAUACGAAAAGGACUUCGAGUUGUUUGAGCUCCCGCGGCCAGGGGCAGAGCUGCGGAGAGAUAUUGGCAUGUUUUGUGGUAAUGCUCUCGAGUUUGAGCGUUUCCAGGAUCCGCUCACCUCGUGGAGUUUCCGGGCAACAAGCAGACUCAGCCUGCUGGCACAUGUUCCCGAGAUGUGCAUCGUUGUUCUCGGAUCGCCAACGGGACGUGUGCUGGUCGCAUCAUUGACUCGGCUGCGCUCCAAGGAGAACGAUUUUAAGGGACGAGGGAUGUGGAGGCGCGGAAUCCGAGUGGAAUGGGUUCUUCCCAACAAAAUAGAUGAAAGAAACCAUCGGACAACCAGGCGAGCCCUCCAUGGGAUGGCAAUCGGCCGCAUACCUGAUGAUGGCGACCAAAAUGGUGAGCAGAUUGGAAGAGGGGCGUCCCUCCCGCGACGAUACCGGCUGAUGCUUCACUACCAAAACCACGACAUCUUUUCUUACGAAGUUACGAGAAACGAGCAAACGGGCAAGAUCUGUCUGUUCUGA